GGCGGGCCUCACCGGCUCCUUUGCAGUGCAUUCUGGGGAAUGUGGUUUGCUGUGGCUCGGAGACGCUUCGCUGGGUGGCGGAGCCAGUUCCGAGAAACCACGGUCUGGGAAGGAAGCGUCCGUUUAAUUCUCACCCCCACGGCCCAGGCUUGGGUCCUCAGCGGGUGCGCUCUGGAAGGGUCCAGCUGCUGGCAGGACUGCUUUUCCUGAACACGCUGCAAGCACGUGAAGGUAGUUGGGAGUCCCCUAGGCAUGGAUAAAUUCGUCAUUCGAACGCCUAGAAUCCAGAAUAGCCCUCAGAAGAAAGAUCCUGGUGCAAAGAUUUACAAGCAGGCCACGAUUGAAUCUCUUAAGAGAGUUGUGGUUAUAGAAGACAUAAAAAGGUGGAAAACUACGUUGGAGCUUCCUGGUCAGACCAGAGAGAAUCUAGUUGAAGCUUUACGAGAAUUAAAGAAGAAAAUACCCUCCAGGGAAGUGUUAAAAUCAACAAGGAUAGGUCACACUGUGAAUAAGAUGCGUCAGCACUCAGAUUCAGAAGUGGCUUGUCUUGCUGGAGAAGUUUACACUGAGUGGAGAACUUUCAUUGAAAAACAUUUAGAUAGACCUUCUAUUGAAGUGCGAAGUGACCCUAAAACUGAGACAUUCAGGAAAAAUGCCCAGAAGUUACUCUCAGAAGCCUUGGAAUUAGAGAUGGAUCACCUACUGGUUGAAAAUAUUGAGCGGGAAACGUUUCAUCUCUGCUCCCGCCUCGUUAAUGGGCCAUACCGGCGGACGGUGAGAGCCCUGGUCUUCACAUUAAAGCACCGAGCUGAAAUCCGGGCUCAGGUGAAGAACGGCUCGCUGCCAGUCGGCACGUUUGUACAGAACCACAAAAAAUGACCCGAGGAUGGUUCCAAAGCUGGGCUGGGCAGAAAGCAAAAUGGGCCUCUCUCUGCCAUUCAAAGACUCUUUUGAGUUUGGGUGAUGGCUGCUGCUGGUGGUGCUAAAUUUUCCCAUGGUGCCAUUCCUUCAGACAGAGGAUGCGGAGAGCCCCGGGAGCCAGGCCUGCGGGAGAUGCUUCAUUAGCUGUAUGCACUUGCGCUGCCUCACGGGACGUGCGCUGGCUGUCACUAGGAAGCGCGGUAUGGUUGCCAUCACCCAACCCAGUGAAAGGGUGACAGAUUUCACUGUGAGUGCGCCAAGGACACCUCUAAACUUCCCCCAUGUCAGGCAGAUGAAGUUACUACUUUAUUUCGCCACCCUGCAGGUAACUGAAACUCAAUUACUGUGGCUGCACACUCAGUUCCAUCCCCCUGAGUUUAGAUAGCUCUGGUGCCUCUCAGAACUCCCCUGUCUGUUCUCUUUGCUCUACCCCGGGGGUGAGCCUGCUGGAGCCAGCCAACUACCCCUUCUUUCCAGAACUCACUUAUCUGAACAUUUCAGCUCUCCCUGGAAGACCUUCUGCAUUGGUCUCCAGAGCCCCCAUGCUGAGGCUUCUAAUGAGGAACUGGCCUGAAGCGUCCCCCUACCUUGGGGUUUAUUUGAAUACGCUGGCUCUUGGUUUAGGGCUCCGUAGAAGAUACAUAAUGAAAUUUCUCUUGAAAUGAAUUACCACAGUAGAAAAAAACACAUCUAUAUUCUGAAAUGAAAUGCCUCUGUACAGGCCUGCUUGAACAAUUACAUAAAUGAGAUUUGCUCUUUUAAAGUCAUAAUAAACUGGGACUUUUUUUUUUUUUUUGCCUAAAACAAAAGGUAUGGCCUGUUCAUUGAAAAGUAUUUGGGGUUGAGAAAGGGGACAGUUGGUGAAAAUAAAGAAUGACUGGAUGAGAAUUUGAGGGAGAUAGCAAUACCCAAGGAAAGCUUUUUAGGUUAGGGCAGAUGAGAGCAUGUUUAUAAUCUGAAGAGAAGGAGCCAAUAGAAAGGAAGAAAUUAAACUGUUUAAAAAGAGGGGCUAAGUUCAAAAGCAAGGAGAAAAGAGAGGGGCCUAACGUCUACCUUCUAAGUGCUAGAGACCAUUCCUAAGCUAAUUUGUUAGCAUUUACAUUGAUGUUUAUGUAGGGUCUUAAAAAUCCUGUUUAACCUUCUCAUUGUUGCGUUAGUAAAUAUUGUUUCAGUUUUUUAGAUUUCUUCAUUUAUUUAGCACUUAUUUACUGAGCACCACUCCUCGGGGCACUGUGGGACCGACCGAGCGGUAGCAGCAGAUGAGACCCUAAGGCUCACCAGGCAGAAGUGUCUUGCUCAGUUCCCCACUGCUAAUAACUGUUGGAGCUAGAAUAAUAAUCGAGCACUUAACCACGGGCUCGGCACUGUGGUAGACAUUUAAAAAACUCCUAACAAACCAAAUAAAGUAAAACUAAUAAACUAAUACCUAAUUAAAGAUGAGGCUCAGAAGGGCUGGUAACUUACUCGGGGUCGCACGCAGAUGGUGAAUGGCAGGUUCAAGAUCCAAAACUGAAGUCUACUUGAUAUAGAUGGUCUUCCUGGUUGAUUUCGUCCACGCAUGCCCUUAGGCAUUUCGUAUAUGCCGAUGACUCUCCAGUUUGUGUCUUCAGACCCCUGAGCUUCAGACAGAAUCUCCUAGAUGCGCAUCUCAGAGGUAACAUGUCUUCUUGUACUUGGCAAUACUGGCACGUUAGCCAGGAGCCUGGGGGUCAGCCUAAGCUCUUCAUCCCCUCACCCCCCCUCACCCCCCACCCACCCAACCAAAUCCUGAUGGUUUUACUUCUCACCUAGGUUUACAGUCUCUUGUCUCUCCUCCAUAUUUAGCACAACUUCAGGACUUUAUCCUCUCUUUCCCAGGUGAUCACAUGUCCCGCUAACUGAUCCCUCUGCCUCUAGUCUUAACCUCUUCAAAUUGGCCUCUCUGUGCUAGAAACAAAGUGACAUACCAAAACUGAAAAUCCCACUGUGUCACUCCCCCUUGGAGCAUUUUCACAUGUGAGCAUUUUCUCUCUCUGGAAUGCUACUCUCUAUCUAAUUCCCUCCCCUGCCCCUUCUGUAAUACCCUGUUCUAUAUACAUACUCACAUGUUCUCUGGGUAUCCCCACUCGAUUGGAACCUCCUUCAGAAGUCCUGCCAGAAGUCAGAAGUCCUGUCUUACUCCUCUAGGUAUCUUCAAUCCUUAGAACAGUGCUUGUCCCAUAGAAAUACCCAAUACGUACUUGUGGAAUUAAUGGAUAUCCAGGUGCCUAUGCCCUGUCUACCUCCACCUUUGUUCCCCUUAGAAUCUAUUAUCUGCUAGGGUAGGUAGAGUGAACCUUUAAAAAUGUAAAGCAAAUCAUGUAUUUACUCUGCUCAAAACCUAGUGGCUUCCCUCUCAGAGCAAAAUUCCAAGCCCUUCCAAUGUCCUCCCAGGCCCAACAUGAUGUGGAUCCUGGCCGCCUCUUUGACCUCACUUCGUAACAUUCUCUCCCUUUCUUACACCUGUGUGGUCCUACUGGCUCCCUUGCUGUUCUGAACACACACACCAGACAUGUUCCUACCUCAGGGCCUUUGCACUUAAACCCUUGCGCUGAUUACAAUGCUCUUUUUAUAGAUACUUGCGUGUUCCUAUUUUCACUUGAUUUGGGUCUCUGUUUGCCUUAUCAGAAAGGCCUUCACUAACUCCCCUAAACAAAACAGCACUCUCUUCCAAUCAUUUUUUAAUACUCUACCUUGCUUUAUUUUUGUUCAGAGUAUUCAUCCCCUUCCUUGAUACAGUUUAUUAUUUCUUUAUUGCCUAUCACCCCACCUCCUAUAAGAAUUUAAGCUUCUUUUUUUUUUAAUUUUUUUAAUGUUUAUUUAUAUUUGAGACACAGAGAGAGCAUGAGCAGGGGAGGGGAAGAGAGAGGGGGAGUCAGAGGAUCUUAAGCGGGCUCUGCGCCGACACAGCCCGAUGUGGGACUUGAACCCACAAACCGUGAGAUGACCUGAGCCAAAGUCAGGUGCUCAACUGACUGAGCCACCCAGACGCCCCAAGAAUUUAAGCUUCUUGAUAGCAAGAGUCUUUGUUUUUGUUCCUACUAUACCUCCAGCACCUAGAACAGAGGCUGGCACAAACUUCGUCUCCAUAACUGUUGAUUGAAUAAUUGAAUGGCCAGUUGUAGGCAUACAGGAAAGUCAUCUAAUCCAAUCAGGGAAUGCUUCCUGGGGGAGGUGACAACCUGUGUGCAGUCUGAAAGGGCAGAAGUAGGUAAUUGGGUGGUUGAGGUGUAUGCCUGGCAGAGAAAGCAGAGUAUGGAAAGCCCUGGAACUGUGAUCCCUAGGGGGUGAUUGGUAUAGCUGGAGUAGAGAACACAUGCAGGAGAGUACCUGGGGAUGAGGCCGGAUGGGAGGGCAAGGACCAGGACAAAUCUGAAGGGUCUUGAGCACAAAAUGAAGAGGUUUGGACUGAUUGCAAGCAGGAACUAGUUAGUUUCUUAUUACCGGGCUGUGUGGAAGAGAAGCUAGAGCAGGGAGAGCUGGGCAGGAGGAGGAAGCUUCAUUUAUAAACAUCCAAAGAGUUCCGCUAACUUAGGAACCCAGAGUAAGUUGAAAACAAAUUGCUGUCUAGCUGAAAGGCUUCAGUGGUGAUAGUUAGAAAGUGAAAUGAUUGCAGAGAUGUGCUUUGGAGAUUUGGAAGGCAGGCUGUGUUAUUUGUGGCUGUUUUCUCCUUGAUGCAUGUGCAGAAUUUCCAUGCAUGGUAAUGGAGCUAUUCUGAGUGCUUGCCAAAGGGAAGGAGGCUCACAGACACCCACGUACGCUUGUCCACCCACAGAGAAGCACCUCUGAGCUCCAGCCUGUUACAAGUGAAAGCGACAGCUCCUGAAAAGGGGUGAGAGAGGUCCCUAGGACUCUGAGUUACCUGUAAGUCUACGCAUGAAUAUGUCUUCUGUAUUUACUUGCUGUAGGAAAUUAGGAAAUUAAGUACCAUUAGAGUCUGCUCCACUAGUUUAUUGGUCCUUUUUUGGUGGUUGAAUCAGAGGUCCUGGGCCCUUGGGUAGGGACUGGGUCUUUUCAUUCAUUUGCUCAAUGAACACAUGUUGCCCAUCUACUGUGUGCCCAUGACUGGACUGGCACUGGGGAAACCGCAAUAAAUGAGAUAUAAUUUCUACCUUUGGGGAGCUCUUAGUCUGGUGGCAACACAGACACAUAGGUAAAUAAUUAUACAUAUAUAUAUAUACAUGUAUAUAUAUACACACACAAUAAUUAUACAUGUAUUUACAUAGGUAAAUAAUUAUAGUAUAAGAUAAUAGGUAUUUACUGUAGAUAUUUAGUUAAAAUGUUGAGAAGGUGGGAAAAGGAAUGAUUCACACCAUUCUAAGGGAAGAAAGUCUUCACAGAGCAUUGAUGUUUGAACCAAAUCUUGAAGUAGAGGUAGGAGUUCUUAGCAGAGGGGGCAGCGUGUGCUCAGAGGCACAGGUGUAAAGGCUUGUUUCACUAGAGGCAAAUGUGUGUUGGAAGCAUAAGGCUCUUGGAAUGGUGGGCAGAAAUGGGGCAAAAAAAAAAAAAAGUGGCCAGGGCCGGGGAGACAUUAUGCAGGAGUUGGACUUUGACCUUCAAAUAAUGGGAGGCCAUGAGAUGUGUUUGAGGAAGUGAGGGACCUAGUAAGGUGUGUGUUCUACAAAGAUCAAAAUGUUCCUACGUAAAAACGUAUUUAAGAAAAAAAAAAAAAUGUUAACCCAAAAGCUUAAGACAAAGGAAAGACACGCUUGAGAUUCAGUAAAUGAGAGGUGUUUUUUUUUUUUUUUUGACAAAUGAAGUUUAGAGUUGACCAAACAGAUAUCAUUAGAGAGUCCCAGGUUUGAAAAAUGGCAGGAGGCUGAGAUAAUGCAUUUACUUUGUUCAGUGGUGAAGGAACAGGCAGCUGGCCUUUUUUCAUUUAUAGAAUAUCAGGUUCUUAAACUUGUGCAUGUCAACCUUGGUUUUCUUUUGCUGCAGCCUCAGGCCUCAGAGCCUCACUCUGAGAUUUGUAAUGUGGUUUGGAUGCGUUUAUCACAGGCAAAUGGGGCGGGGGCUCGGCUUGUUACUGCCCAUUACUGCUAUCAAAGGGAGUCCAUCCAGAAAACAAGGCUUUGGGAGCUUUGAUUAGGUCAGUGACACUGCCUUCGUUUCCAAAGAGAGAUGGUUUGAUUGGAUAACAUUGUAUUUUCUUUUAAGUCAACCAAAAUAAUAAAAUUGCUGUCAGGGAUAGGCUUACCCAAAAGCAAAGGAGCUUAGUCUCAAGAUCCCAAGAAUACCAGGAUGUCCAGUCAAAUGCUACUUGUUCAUCUUGUUAAGAUCACUCACUCAGUGUGUAUGUUUUGAGCUCUUACGAGCCAGGUCCGGGGGGCACAGGGAUAAAUGAGACAUAGUCUCUGGCCCCACAGUCUAAUGAAAGAAACAGAUAAACCAUUAAAAAAAGACAAAUGAUUGUGAAUUCUGGGAAUUCAAAGGAAAGGAAAUAAGCCAAUAAACAUAUUAGAAGAUGCUCAACCUUACUAAUAAAAGGGGAAUGGCAAAGAUCAAUGCCAUCCUUGAGGACGUAAAGGAUGCAGGGGGCAGUGAUUCUCAUCGUCUUCAUUUCAUUCACUGAUCUGGCCCCUGCACAAAUCAAGUGGUUCCUGGAGGAUGACUGUGGAUUACGGCAAAAUCAACCAAGUGCUGGUUCUGCUUGCGGUGCUGUGCCAGAUGUGGCGUCUGUCCUAGCGCCCAUUCGCAUGUUCUCAGGUCCACGGUAUAAAGCUAUGGACCUGGUGAGUGUGUUUCAUCUCCUUCCCCAUCAGAAGCAAAGAUCAGAGUUCAUAUUCCCUUGGAACAGACAAACGUACACAAUUACCAUCUUGCCCCAGGGCUGUUGAGUUUCCUGCCCUCUCACGACCUAGUCUGAGAAGACCUAUACUGCCUAGAUACCUUGCAGAACAUCAACUUGGACCAGAUGAGCAAUGAGCAAGUGUACUGGAAGCCUUGAUGAGCCACAUGCAUUGCAGAGAGCGGAAGAACACGCUAUGAAGGUUCAGAGGCCUGAUAGACAUCUCAGUGAAAUUUUUAGGGACCAGUAGUCUGGGAUAUGCCAGGGACAUAUCUUCCAAAGUGAAAGAUAAUGGUGAUUGCACCUCCCACCUCCACUCCGCAUGAAGAAGGAAGCUCAAUGUCAGGUGGGCCCCCUUGGGUUUUGGAGGCAGCGCAUUUCCCACCUGGGAAUACUGCUCCACCCCAUAUCAGAUGACACAGAAGGCUGCCAGUUUUGAUGCUGGCCCAGAAUGGGAAAGGGCUCAGCAGCAGAACCAGACUAUACAAGUAGCCAUAUGAUCUGGCAGAAACCAUGGUAUUUGAGGUAUAUGUAGUGGGAAAAGAUACGUAUGGAGUUCGCGACAAGGCUGAGUAGGAGACAGUAUAGACCCUUGGGGUUCUGGAGCAGGGCCAUGCCAUCUGUAGCCAGGAAUAACACACUUUUCAAAAAAUAGCUUCUGACUUGCUGAGCGUUCUGGUGGAAACAAAACAGAUCAUCUGACUGCAGAACAUCAAGUUGACCAUGGAACUAAAGCUGUUCAUCGUAAGGUAGAUUCUGUCAGAUCCACCAAAUCAUAGGGUCACACAAGGCCCAAUUCAUCAGGAUAGACCUGGUACAACUGGGAUUUGGCACAACAGGGCCAAAGGGCAAAAGACAGCUGCAUGAGCAGGUGGCCCAGACAUUUGUCAUCCACCAUCUUUGCACCAGUGCCUCUCCCUGAGGUCACCUAUGGCUGCCUGAGGAGCUCCUUAUAUCCAGCAGGAGGAGAAAAAAAGCCAAGCUUUGUUCAUGGGUGGGUCAGCUCAGUAUGUGUGAGUAAGCCAAAAAUAGACUGUUGCUAUACUGCAGGCCCCACUGCAGUGUCCUUGAAAGACAGUAGAGGAGGAAAUUCUUCCAGUGGACAAGCUCUGAAUAGUACACCCAGUCAUCCACCUUUUGUGGAGAGACAGAGGGUCCAUCGUUAGAAGACACAUGGAUCUAGUGGGCAGUGGUGAAUGGCUUGGCUGGUUGGUUAGAGGUCUGGAAAGAUAAGUUUGAAAAAUCAGGGACAAAGAGGCCUGGGGUAGAGGCAUGUGGAUGGACCUACGAGAGUGGACAUCAAGUGUGAAGUUCAUUGUAUUCCAUGUUAACACCCACCAGAGAAUGUAUACCACAGAAGAAGCAUUAAACAAAUACAAGUAGCCAUGCUACUUGUGAACCAUAUGAUCUAGCAGAAUCCAUGGUAUUUGACCAUGCAGCCAAAGCUGUUCAUCAUAAGCUGGGUUCUAUCAAAUCCACCAAAUCAUAAAGUCACACAGUCCCUAACAAACUUCCUGUACGCUAAUCUCCAUCUCACGGUCUACCUUCCAGGGAACGGACCUGCAACAUAGCUCUUCUAAUUGCUGGUAACAACUCUUAAAUCGGGUGUCAGCAAAAUUUUCUAAAAAGGGACAGAAAAAGUCUGGUUUGCAGGCCAUAUGAUCUCUCACAACUACUCAACUCUGGUGUUAUAGUACAAAAGCAGCCAUAAAUCAUACAUAAAUGAAUGAGUGUGGCUGUAUUCCAAAAAACUUUCCAAAGGCAUGUGGUAGGUGGCAUUCGGUCCACGGCCUUAGUUCACCAACCCCUACUCUAAAGAAAUAUUUUUACAAGCGUACCAAGUAGGCGUUACAAAAAUUUAAUUGCAGCAUGGUCUGUAGUAAAAUUUUAGAAGUAAUCUUACACUAAAAAAAGGAAGGUUACAUAAAUUGUGGUAUUUAUAGAUUUUGGAAUAGUAUGCAGCAUAUAAAAAGAAUGAGUUUAGAUCAAAAAGCAGCACUGUCCAAUAGAAAUAUAACAUGAGCCAGCCACAUACGUAAUUUUGAAUUUUCCAGGAGCCACGAUGAAAGCUGUAGAGAGAAACAGAUGAAAUUAAGAAUAUAUUUGAGGGGCACCUUUGUGGCUCAGUCAGUUGAAUGUCUGACUUCGGCUCAGGUCAUGAUCUCGUGGUU